GUGGCUCUCCAGCGCCGCCGCCAGUACCUCGCGGAGAGAGGCGUUCUGUCUCUGCGGCUCCCGGCCGGCCUCGAGGUUCUCUGAGCUCGUUUCCUAAACCUUCUGCAAGGAACCAUGUCGAACCCGUCCCCCCAGGGCAAGCCCUCCAACCCCAGCAACCCCCGAGUCUUCUUUGAUGUGGACAUUGGAGGGGAGCGAGUUGGUCGAAUUGUCUUAGAAUUGUUUGCAGAUAUUGUACCCAAAACUGCAGAAAAUUUUCGAGCACUGUGUACUGGCGAAAAAGGCAUUGGACCCACCACUGGAAAGCCUCUUCAUUUCAAAGGAUGUCCUUUUCAUCGAAUUAUUAAGAAAUUUAUGAUUCAGGGUGGCGACUUCUCAAAUCAGAAUGGGACAGGUGGAGAAAGCAUUUAUGGUGAAAAAUUUGAAGAUGAGAAUUUCUAUUAUAAGCAUGACCAGGAGGGUUUACUGAGUAUGGCAAAUGCAGGCUGCAACACAAAUGGCUCCCAGUUCUUUAUUACAACGGUUCCAACUCCUCAUUUGGAUGGGAAACAUGUGGUGUUUGGCCAAGUCAUUAAAGGAAUGGGUGUAGCAAGAACGCUGGAAAAUGUAGAAGUGAAAGGUGAAAAACCUGCUAAAUUGUGCGUUAUUGCAGAAUGUGGAGAACUGAAGGAAGGGGAUGACUGGGGACUAGUUCCAAAUGAUGGCUCUGGGGACAGUCACCCAGACUUCCCCGAGGAUGCUGACAUAGACUUAAAAGAUGUAGAUAAAAUUCUACUAAUAGCUGAAGACUUAAAAAACAUUGGAAAUACUUUUUUCAAAUCCCAGAACUGGGAAAUGGCCAUUAAAAAAUAUACCAAAGUUUUAAGGUAUGUGGAAGGUUCAAAGGCCGCUAUUGAGAAAGAAGAUGGGGCCAAGCUGCAACCUGUAGCUUUAAGCUGUGUGCUGAAUAUUGGUGCUUGUAAACUGAAGAUGUCAAAUUGGCAGGGAGCAGUCGACAGUUGUUUGGAGGCUCUUGAAAUAGACCCACUAAAUACCAAAGCACUGUACCGUAGAGCUCAAGGAUGGCAAGGAUUAAAAGAAUACGAUCAAGCACUGAUUGAUCUUAAGAAAGCUCAGGAGAUAGCACCAGAAGAUAAAGCUAUCCAGGCAGAAUUGCUGAAAGUCAAACAAAAGAUAAAGGCACAGAAAGAUAAAGAGAAGGCUGCAUAUGCAAAAAUGUUUGCAUAGUAAAGAAUUCCAUUUUGCUUCAAUAUUAUACAUUGUGUAAGGAUAAAAAGAGUCUGGGGAUGUUAUUAUAUAUGGUCCCUACUGUGUUUCCUUUGUUCAUAAAGUUCUCCAUUGUUUACAGUUUAGUAAUACUGAUAUGAAUAGCUAUCUCUUAAUAAAAGUGUUAAAACCCAGUGAAGUUGAUUUUUUUUUUUUUUAGUGGUCACCUGUAUUUUCACAAAGAAUAAUGAUGUCCAUCCAGCCUAUUUUGAAUUCUGAAAGAUAAACUUACUGAAUAAACAGCAAAGCUUAA